UGAAAGUUAACCGGAAGGCACGGAGCAGGCGGUGAUCCGGAAGUGAAGGCUCCGAGGAGAGGAUGCCGCUGCCCGUCCAGGUCUUUAAUUUACAGCAGCCGGCAAGUUCUGUGUCAGGGAGAGGGGGUGCAGAGUGUCAGGACAGGAUGAGGGAUAGCUCAGCUCCCAGCUCAGCUUCUUCAUCAGUGACAGAUCUAUACUGCACUCCCCACAGCAGUAGGUCAGACCUCUUCCUUCCGAGUACAGCAGGAGACUUCAGCUUGAGUGCCAGCUUGUCAGCUUGUACACUGCUUUAUGAGGGUGCAGUGGAGCCUAUGCAGAUUGACGUAGACCCACAAGAGGAUCAGCAGAAUGCACCUGAUAUCAACUAUGUGGUGGAAAACCCAACUCUGGAUUUGGAGCAAUAUGCAUCUAGUUACAGCGGCCUGAUGCGGAUUGAGCGGUUGCAGUUCAUCGCUGACCACUGUCCGCAGCUGCGGGUGGAGGCCCUCAAGAUGGCGCUGUCAUUCGUCCAAAGAACUUUUAACGUUGAUGUGUAUGAGGAAAUCCACCGAAAACUGUCAGAGGCCACCAGAGAGCUGCAGAACACCCCUGAUGCUGUCCCUGAUGGUGGGAUUGAGCCGCCUCCUCUUGAUACAGCGUGGGUUGAGGCCACACGGAAGAAAGCCCUUCUCAAACUGGAAAAGCUGGAUACGGAUCUGAAAAACUACAAAGGAAAUUCAAUUAAGGAGAGCAUCAGGAGAGGCCACGAUGACCUGGGUGAUCACUACCUUGACUGUGGGGACCUCAGCAAUGCCCUCAAGUGUUACUCACGAGCCCGUGAUUACUGUACCAGCGCUAAGCAUGUCAUUAACAUGUGCCUCAAUGUCAUCAAGGUUAGUGUUUACCUUCAGAAUUGGUCCCACGUUCUGAGCUAUGUAAGCAAGGCAGAGUCCACCCCAGAAAUUGCAGAGCAAAGAGGAGAGAGGGACAGCCAGACACAGGCGAUUCUCACCAAACUAAAGUGUGCAGCAGGCUUAGCUGAACUAGCAGCUCGGAAAUACAAGCAGGCAGCAAAGUGCUUCUUGUUGGCCUCAUUUGACCACUGUGACUUCCCAGAGCUGUUAUCUCCUAGUAACGUGGCUGUGUAUGGUGGCCUCUGUGCAUUGGCCACCUUUGACCGUCAGGAACUGCAACGCAAUGUCAUCUCUAGCAGCUCCUUCAAACUGUUCUUGGAGCUGGAGCCUCAGGUGCGUGACAUCAUCUUCAAGUUUUAUGAAUCCAAAUAUGCUUCAUGCCUGAAGAUGCUGGAUGAGAUGAAAGAUAACCUGCUGCUGGAUAUGUACCUGGCACCUCAUGUGAGGACACUCUACACGCAGAUCCGAAAUCGUGCCCUUAUCCAGUAUUUUAGCCCCUACGUAUCAGCAGACAUGCGCAAGAUGGCCACAGCAUUUAACACCACCGUGGCAGCGCUGGAGGAUGAGCUGACCCAGCUGAUCCUGGAAGGAUUGAUCAAUGCCAGAAUAGACUCUCAUAGCAAAAUUCUUUAUGCUCGGGAUGUAGACCAGCGCAGCACCACCUUUGAAAAGUCCUUAUUAAUGGGCAAAGAGUUCCAGCGACGUGCCAAAGCCAUGAUCCUGCGGGCAGCAGUCCUGCGCAACCAGAUACACGUCAAGUCUCCUCCACGAGAAGGUAGCCAAGGCGAGCUCACUCCAGCUAACAGCCAGUCCCGGAUGAGCACCAACAUGUGAAAAUCUUCAUGUAUGAUCAAAGAAACACCCCCCCCCCACACACACACUUCCCUGACCCAGCUGUUUGUCCUAUGUCCUAACCACAGACUACUGAGCUUCACAAACUAUCCCUGUCAUUCUCUCUCUCUUUCAUUGGGGCUGGGAGGGUCAGGGCUGAUGGUGGGGGCUAAUGUUCAGAUUCACAUAACUUAAUUCCUUUAGAACAGAAACUGUCACUAAAUGCAGCGUCCCUGGAAUUGUCCAUCAUUUUAGUGCUGGUUCCGUGUUCUCUGCCCUCUCCUCUGUAUCCUCCACCCCAGAAAGAACUGGUAGUGUAUUUCAGAGAGAUGCUGAUCUUGGGUCUCUUCAGCUGCUGUUAGAGCUUUCCAGGAUCAGAACUGCAAAGGAAGAUUGUAAGUUUGAUGGAUGGGGGUGUAUCUAAAGGGAGACUGUUUCACUGACCUGAAAGUGUUGCCUUGUCUCUGAGCAAUGCAUUGCUUUUUCUUUACUUCAAAGACCUCACACUGAAAUGCUCUCAAUGGUAUGGGCCCAGCAUUCAGCCAGAGGGGAGCUCCUCUCAGGAAGCACAUUCUAGGACUUCUCACCCACCCUGGGAAAUAUGGCACCACUUCUGCGUACUCAAAGGCAUUUGUUUCAGGUUGUUGCACUUACCCUGGAUCCAACCUCUUUCAGUCUGGCCUGUCCCUUUUUCAAAGGCCUGUUUCCUAAUUUGUUCCCACAUGCAUAUCACUUGGCUUUGGAUUUUGGUGGUGGUUCACCACUGCAGUAAGGCUCCAUCUUGUGCAAAUACUGUUGCUUGUCCGUUUCACUUCAUCAGCGUACAGUGGCUUCUUAACCUGUGCACCAGUGGUUCCUGAUGGCCUAAGUCAAUGCCAUAGAAAUGCAACACAUCAGGUCUGGGGCAGAAACCAAAAGAAGCCAGCCCAGGUGCCUGAUCGGCAUGUGCAUCUGUCCCAACUUUCCUUUUAUAAAUGGGUUUAAGGUGGCAGCCCAGACCCCGUAUAGUGUUGUACUAAUGAGCGUAGUCAAGUGCUGAAUGUUCUGGAAUUACAGCAUCUUUAUAUUCAUCCAGUCCCAUAGGACAAAGUUAAGGAUUUUGAUCCAGCCCUGACUGGUCCAGCAAUUUACUACAAACAAAUGUUAUUGUUAAUGCUAUUUUUGUUUUAAAAUAAGUCAUUAUCGCUAGUGCAUUAAAGAGGGUAAUUAAAAAGCUCA